CGCAAUCCACACCCUACUGCUGGGGUCGCCUUCCUCCUCACUGACAUUAGCCAUCGGUUCUGUUUCUUUUUCCCGCCAUUUCAAGCCUCGACCAAGCUUUUGUGCUCUCUCUUUCACGCACAAUUCUCCUUUCUCUUUCUAGGUUCACUUUAAUCUCGAAGCGCCAAAGAAGAUGCUGUGGGUCGACAAGUAUCGUCCAAAAACCCUAGAUCAGAUCACAGUUCAUGAAGAUGUAGCACAGAAUCUUAAGAAACUGGUUACCGAGCAGGACUGCCCUCAUUUGCUCUUCUUUGGCCCCUCUGGUUCCGGAAAGAAAACCCUAGUCAUGGCGCUUAUCCGGCAGAUGUUUGGAGCAAGUGCGGAGAAGGUGAAGGUGGAGAAUAAAACCUGGAAAGUUGAUGCUGGAACUAGAAAUGUUGAAAUAGAGUUAACCACCAUAUCAAGUACAAACCACGUCGAGCUCACUCCCAGCGAUGCAGGUUUCCAAGAUAGGUAUAUUGUUCAAGAGAUAAUCAAAGAUAUGGCGAAAAACAGACCCAUUGACUCCAAAGGGAAAAGAGGACAUAAAGUUUUGGUUCUAAAUGACGUUGACAAACUAUCCAGAGAAGCACAGCACUCUCUUAGGAGAACGAUGGAGAAAUAUAGCUCGUAUUGUAGGUUAAUACUUUGCUGCAAUAGUUCAUCAAGAGUAACUGAAGCAAUCCGUUCUCGCUGCCUAAAUGUGCGGAUAAAUGGACCAACAGAUGAUGAGAUCGUCAAGGUACUAGAGUUCAUUGGGAAGAAAGAAGGACUGCAACUUCCAUCUGGAUUUGCUUCCCGCAUUGCAGAAAAAUCAAACCGGAGUUUGAGGAGAGCUAUACUAUCAUUCGAGACUUGUCGUGUUCAACAGUAUCCUUUUGUUAGUAACCAGGCAAUACCGCCGAUGGAUUGGGAGGAGUACAUCUCUGAGAUAGCGUCUGACAUAAUGAAGGAGCAGAGCCCCAAGAGACUGUACCAGGUUCGUGGGAAGUUAUAUGAACUACUGGUUAAUUGUAUUCCACCAGAGAUCAUAUUGAAGAGGCUGCUUUAUGAGCUGCUCAAGAAAUUGGAUGCUGAAUUAAAGCAUGAGGUCUGUCAUUGGGCUGCAUAUUAUGAACACAGGAUGCGGCUUGGCCAGAAAUCCAUCUUCCAUAUUGAAGCUUUUGUGGCAAAGUUCAUGAGCAUAUACAAGAGUUUCCUCAUUUCAACGUUCGGCUGAGGAAAAGGCAAUUGAAUGUUCGUAGUUUUAGCGUGUCGGUGAAUCAAGACAAUCUGGUGCCAUCUUAUGUUCUUCAGUCAGUUUUGUUUGGCACUAGUUUGUUUGUUCAUCAUCCUUUAGGUUUUAUCUAUCAGGGAACUUGAAGCUGAACUCUUAGGGAUUUGAACUGAAUCUAACAUGCCAAAAAAAUGGAAAUUUAUGUAGUCAUUUUGUUGCACUAUCUCCCGGAGAUAAUGGGGAAAAAAUUGGAAAAUCCCAACCUUAUUUGGCUGUGUUUUC